AUGCAAAAGGAUGCCAAGCUAGCUUUGGACUGGCCAACAAGGAAAAGAAUAGCUUUAGGAGCUGCAAGAGGCUUGCUAUAUUUGCACAAACAGUAUGAUCCAAAGAUUAUUCAUAGGGAUGUGAGGGCAGCAAAUAUCUUGCUUGAUGAUUAUUGUGAGGCUGUGGUGGGAGAUUUUGGGUUGGCAAAGCUAUUAGACCACAAGGAUUCACAUGUGACAACAUCAACAUUAGUUCGGUACCAGCUGCCUAUGGUCGUCAUUGUUUUCAACAAUGGUGGUGUCCGUAGACACCCAGAGGAGAUAGAUGGACUUCAUAAAGAUGAUCCUGGCCCCACAGAUUUUGUCCCAAAUGCAGGGUAUCAUGCUUUGAUACAAGCUUUUGGUGGAAAGGGCUAUCUUGUUGGGACGCGUGAUGAACUCAAGUUCGCCUUUUCAGAAUCCUUCUCUGCUAGGAAACCAGCUGUAGUAAAUAUUGUGAUCGAUCCCUAUGCUGGUUCAGAGAGUGGGAGGAUGCAACAUAAGAAUUGA